AUGUUCCCCCCCGAGAUCGUCCUCGCGGUCGCCGAGUUCGCCGACCUCGAGACCGUGUCGGCCCUGUCGCGCCUGUGCCGCUCCUACCACCAUACCAUCCUGGGCUACCAGAGCUCCGUCAUCCAGGCGAAGUUGAACCGCCGCGGCGUCUAUCCCCUGCUGCUCUCGCCCCGCGGGACUACCAUCUCGACCGCCAGCCCCGAGCGGCGGAUCUUGCCGCCACACACGUUCGCCGUCAUCCAGGAGCUGGACAAGCGGUCGCGCUACAUCGACGCCAUGGCCGCCGUCGGCGGCCCGCUGCUCAAGGAGCUGUGCGCGCACGCCAGGCCCCUCGACGACGACGAGAUCGUGUGGCAGAGGCUGGUCGGUGCCAUGAGGCACGGCUGCUUGCUGGCGGACCGUCUGGCGGACUGUGUGGUCGAUUUGACCGAGGGGCUGGAAAAUGAUGAAGAAGAGACGAUGAAUGUCGACCCUGGCAGCGAGACCAAGGCAGAAGGCAGCACGAGCAACAACCUACGGGAUGGAUUGCCCGCUGGGACAGCAAAGACGGCAGACGCAGCAGCAGCGCCAACCACCCGUGACGUACACCUCGGCCAGCUCAGGCUCAUCCUGUCCCUCUCGAUCGCCGACCUGUGCUGCCUGUACAUGGCGUCGUUCAUGAGCGGAUCCGCCUACUCCAGAGCCUACAUCUCUGUGUGGGAUCCGGCAUGCUGGGAACGCGAGUUCUCCUUCCGGGAAGCGUUUCUCCGGCGGGGCAGCGUCGUGCUGUGGUCGAUUCUCCCGCGCAAGCGAUCCCCCAACUCCAGCUCGUCGGACGACGAUUCACGUGUCGGAUGUCCUCAGAGCUGCCGACAACGGCCCCUGGCCGAGCUGUUCGAGGCGGAGAUGGCCCGGGUUCGCCCGCUGCCGCCGCCGCCGCUGCCCCUCCUCGCCAUGCCGAUCCUGCGCGAGAUGCGCGAGCUGGAGCGCGAGAAGCUGGCGUGGCUGACGGGCGACGGCGACUACGACGCGCUCGCGCUGCUGAUGGCCGACAAGGAUAUCCCAUCGCCGCCACGUGACGGCGAAGACCUCGUCCUGCCUAACCUCGUUGGCGCGGUUGUCGAUGUCUUCCUGCACAAGUCGCCGCCGCCGCCGCUGCCGCACGGCCUAAAGGAGGACCUCAGCGGCACCGUGGCUCGCAUGACGAUGAUGUUUUGGGAUGGCAUUUUGACUGGACUGGACUGGACUGGCGGGCGGGUGUGUAAAGAGAGGGAAAAUCAGAGUACGUAG